AUGAACAAGUUUUUCAAGGAUUAUGUUCAUUCAAGCACUAUGAUUAAUGACUUUGUGAAUCAGUACGAGAAAGUUAUAGAUGCACGUUAUUUUAAAGAGAAAGAGAAGGAUGUGCGGACAAAAUCUACUCAGGCGAUUAUGAAAACAUGUCACAAAAUUGAAGAGGAGGCUACCAUAGUUUAUACAAUAAAGUCUUUCAUGAUCUAUCAAGAUGAGCUUUUCAAUAGUCAGCGGUACAAAUUAACAAAAUUUUUCAAAGAGGGUGAAAGCAAGACAUAUGCUAUGUCACCUUAUGGCAAAGAAACACUGCUUUAUUAUGUAACAUUGGAGAGUGGUGAAGAAAUUCCAACAUGUACAUGCCAUAUGUUUGAAUUUAUGGGGUUUCUUUGUAGGCAUAUCCUUUGUGUACUUUGCAAGAAAUCAAAGUUAGAUAGAUUGUUACAGCAGCAUGUUCUAGAAAGAUAG